UUGUUCGUCUACUUAGCAGAAAACGUUCACCGGCAUGCACAUUUAAAAAAUUUAUUAAAUUACAUAAAAUUCAAAGAAAAUUACCAAACAAAAAAUGGCAUUGCGUUUUUUUAGCUUAACGCAUAUAUGCCGCAUGCAGCAACGUACACCGAAACACUGCUUACAUCUAAACAAAAUACUUGAGUUACAGUCAAGACUCCCCGUCUUGCAAUGGGGACAAAGCUCUUUGCUACACGUGCGUAUUACGGAUCAGGAUGCCGGCCUGCAGAUAAAAAGGGAGGCCAACAGACCGACAAAUCCUUUUCAAGAUAAAAUUUUAGAUGAGGACCCCAGAAGGCAGACACAUGAGCGCCCUCCGCGAAACAAGUUUAAAAGCUCCGAUCGCUUAAAAAAGGACACUGUAAAGCAAGAAAAAGUAGAAAAGCCACAAAAGGAAACGGUGUCUAAUUUUGGAGAUCCAGAUACAUUUGGUGAUGCUAAGUUCAGCACUACCCAACCAGAAGAUCCCGGCGACACACAAGAGGAAGAAUUUAUUAGCAAACCCACACGCCACUCACGAAAGCUUCGCACCAAAGAAUAUGCACGCCUAAUAAAGGAGCACCUAAUAGCGCAUCGUAUCAAUGAUGCCAUUGCUGUGAUGGAGGUGCGCAUGUUGCGAGAGGAUCGUGUGAAGCCAGAGAAUUACAUUUACAAUUUGCUAAUCAGCGGCUGCGCCAAGGCGGGCUACACACGAAAAGCAUUCAAUCUGUACACCAAAAUGCGUCAACGCGGUCUUAAGGUCACCGGCGGAACCUACACUUCCCUCUUCAAUGCAUGCGCCAAUGCUCCCACUCAGAUUGAUGGCUUGGGCAAGGCGAGACAGUUGCGCGAGAAUAUGUUGGAGAAGGGCUACGAACCUAAUUUGAAGAACUACAAUGCGAUGAUCAAGGCUUACGGCCGCUGUGGCGACAUAGACACUGCUUAUAUGUUGGCCGACGAGAUGGUCGAGCGUCAGCUACCGUUAAACGCGGAGAGUUUUAAUUUUCUACUGCAAGCCUGUGCUAGCGAUGAGAAAAAUGGCUUCCGUCAUGCUUUGCUCACUUGGCAUAAGAUGCUGCAGCGUGGUAUAAGUCCAGAUUACUACAGCUUCCAUACUAUGCUGCGGUGUGUCCGGGAUUGUGGUUUUGGCGAUCUUGAGUCCAUGCAACAGGUACUCGAGCAAAUUGCCCCAGCUGUAGCAAGCAGACAACUGCCAUCAGGAAAGCAAGAGGAGUUGGAAUCAACGGCAGUGGACAGCUUAGCUAUUCCACCUACGUCUGCGGAAGUUAAUCAGUUAGAAUUGUCUACACAACCCACGGAACAACUAGAGCUGCCUAAUCUGCUGCUUCCACGCCCACAGUUAGGCAGUUUAGUUGCCUUGGCUGAAGUGACGCGUCCUCAUGAGCGUUUUCUACUAUUGGGCGGUAUUACUGGCUAUCUAGAACUGAUGAAGGCUCACCAAAUAACGCCAAACAUUGAAUUCUUUACUACCAUGUUGGAUGUUGUUCCUCCUACCAAUGCAGCAGAGAAACAAGUGCUAAGCUUUGUGCGCAAGAUUGGCCUCAAGGCAGACAUUGACUUCUUUAACAUACUCAUCAAAAAGCGAUCAUUGCGUUUCGAUUACGAGAGCGCCCGCGAAGUGUUGACUAUGAUACGCACGGCUGGCUUGCAGCCGGACAUCGUGACCUAUGGCGUUCUAGCACUGGGUUGUCGCACCCAGGAGCAGGCGCGUGAGCUCCUACAGCAGAUGCAAGCAGCAGGUAUACGUAUGAAUAUGCCUAUACUGGGGGCUAUGCUACGACAAGGCUGUGCACAGAAAUCCUUUGCUUACAUCAACGAAAUCAUGCAGCUAUGUCUAGAGGAGGCCAUACAGCCAAACGAAUCCUUUCUGCGGCAUUUACAUAACUUUCACAGAGGUUGUGCCAGAGCCAUAGAUGCUAGGCACCCCUCAACAAAAACUGAAGGCUUUAAGAAGGGGCACUCAAAGUUCUGUGAUAAGUAUCGUUUGUUUUACGAGGAGCAUGGCCUGACCGGCUUGAAGCUGGAAGAUGCUAUUGCCAAGCUGAAACCACGUGCGUACGCACAGUACAAUGAAACUCCAAUCACUGGCUUAGAGCCAGCGAAGCAUGAGCAAGUAAAGCGAAAAACCAAGUUACGCAAAUAUAUUAAGAAAAUCAAAAUUGAUGAGUUGCAGGAUGGUCCGCGGCUAUCAGACCCAAUCAAAAGAUUAGAAUAAUCAUUAAAUGUUUUGCUGGUGCUUUAUGAGAAAAACAUUGACUUCACACCCUACGUAGUCGAUCUGUGCAAUGGCGAACAGUAU